GGCCUGGCGGGACGGAGGCAAUGCAGCUGCCCCUGCUCUUGGAGCUGACCUGAGCCCUGCCGACGAGGUGGUGCUGCAGUGUGGGAGGCCAAGCUGGCAGCCCCUCGGGCAGGUCUGGGGCUGGCAGCAGGAAGCUGGGCACGCUGUGGAUUCCCUUCCCCUUGCAGGAUGGUGAAUCUGGAGUCCAUGCACACAGCUGUCCCCAAAGGAGACUGUGGCCCCAGGCAAGGUGGCAGCUGUCACUUCAAGGAGAUCAAGAUGAGCGGCGAUGUGGCCGAUUCCACAGAAGCGCGGAGCGAAGCCGACCAAGUGGAACCAGGAACUGAGCACAAUGGGCUGGACUUUAACAGACAGAUUAAAACUGAAGAUCUCAGUGAUUCCUUGCAAUCAACCAUACCCCCCAGAUCAAGUCCCUUUGUACAAGGACCUUCAGUGAUGCCUGGAAGCCAAAUAGCAGGGGACAUGAAUUCUCUUCACACCCUGCAGCAGCUGGUCCUUCUCCCUGGUCAUGUGCAGUCGGUUCCUCAGUUCCUGCUCUCGCAGACCCAGGCUGGGCAACAAGCUCUGCAGCCAAGCCUUCUCUCCUACCAGCAGCAGCAAAGCAGCCUCAUCCUCUCGCAGCCUGGGCCCAGCCUCGCCUCGCAGGCAGUGGGACGUUCGGGGCUCCCUGGGUCCUCAGUUGAAUCCCACCUGGACGUGUCCCAGCACUUGCAGGUUGCAAAGCACUUGCCAUCCUCAGCCACAUGCGAUGAACCUAGUGACCUGGAGGAGCUAGAAAAGUUUGCUAAGACUUUCAAGCAAAGGCGAAUCAAGCUCGGGUUCACGCAGGGCGACGUCGGACUGGCCAUGGGGAAGCUGUAUGGCAAUGAUUUCAGCCAGACCACCAUUUCGCGCUUUGAGGCACUCAACCUGAGCUUUAAGAACAUGUGCAAGCUCAAACCCCUGCUGGAGAAGUGGCUGAGCGAUGCAGAAUCUGCUCCGCUGGACUCCUCCAUGAGCACCCCCAGCUCCUACCCCUUGGUGAGCGAGAUGUUUGGGCGGAAAAGGAAGAAACGCACCAGCAUUGAGACCAACAUUCGCUCCACGCUGGAGAAGAGGUUUCAAGAUAACCCCAAGCCCAGCUCAGAGGAGAUCUCCCUGAUAGCAGAGCAGCUCUCCAUGGAAAAGGAAGUGGUUCGGGUUUGGUUCUGUAACCGGCGCCAGAAGGAGAAGCGGAUCAGCUGCCCGAUGCCAUCCCCCAUUAAAUCUCCCAUCUACAACUCCAGACUGGUCUCUACCUCAGGGUCCCUGGGACCUCCCUCAGUCAACCCAGUCCAUAGCACCAUGCCAGGGGCAGUAACAUCGUCGUGCUCUCCUGGGAACUCCAGCCAGCCCUCUUCACCUGGCACAGCGCUCCAUGCCAGUAGCCCCAGUGCAUCCCAGAGCCACUCCAAACCUGCAAUGAAUUCAUCUAGUUUCAACUCUUCUGGAUCAUGGUACCGAUGGAAUUAAACUCCUUCCCUCCACUGAGGCUGCUUCUCCAUCGCACCG